UGCAUAUCUCCUCCGCUAUAAAAAAAGCCCCAAGCCCCUCUUGUUUUACACCGUUCUGAUUGUGAAUUUUGUGAAGCAAAUUAAGCUUAUUCAAACUCUCUCAAGAUGCAAAUCUUCGUUAAGACCCUCACCGGCAAGACCAUCACUCUCGAGGUCGAGAGUUCAGACACCAUCGACAACGUUAAGGCUAAGAUCCAGGAUAAGGAGGGAAUUCCUCCGGACCAGCAGAGGCUGAUCUUCGCCGGCAAGCAGCUCGAGGACGGCCGCACCCUAGCCGACUAUAAUAUCCAGAAGGAGUCCACCCUCCACCUUGUGCUCCGCCUCCGCGGUGGAAUGCAGAUCUUCGUCAAGACCCUCACCGGCAAGACCAUCACCUUGGAGGUCGAGAGCUCCGACACCAUCGACAACGUGAAGGCCAAGAUCCAGGACAAGGAGGGCAUCCCACCGGACCAGCAGAGGCUUAUCUUCGCCGGAAAGCAGCUAGAGGACGGUCGCACCCUAGCUGACUACAACAUCCAGAAGGAGAGCACUCUCCAUCUCGUCCUUAGGCUGAGGGGAGGUAUGCAGAUUUUUGUGAAGACCCUCACCGGCAAGACCAUCACCCUGGAGGUGGAGAGCUCGGACACCAUCGACAACGUAAAGGCCAAGAUCCAGGACAAGGAGGGCAUCCCACCAGACCAGCAGAGGCUUAUCUUCGCUGGGAAGCAGCUAGAGGACGGCCGCACCCUCGCCGACUACAACAUCCAGAAGGAGAGCACUCUCCAUCUGGUGCUAAGGCUGAGGGGAGGCAUGCAGAUCUUCGUGAAGACCCUCACCGGCAAGACCAUAACCCUGGAGGUGGAGAGCUCGGACACCAUUGAUAACGUGAAGGCCAAGAUCCAGGACAAGGAAGGGAUCCCACCAGACCAGCAGAGGUUGAUCUUCGCCGGAAAGCAGCUGGAGGACGGUCGUACCUUGGCCGACUAUAACAUUCAGAAGGAGUCCACCCUUCACCUUGUGCUCCGUCUCCGUGGUGGGAUGCAGAUCUUUGUGAAGACCCUCACCGGCAAGACCAUCACCCUGGAGGUAGAGAGCUCGGACACCAUCGACAAUGUGAAGGCUAAGAUUCAGGACAAGGAGGGGAUCCCACCGGACCAGCAGAGGCUAAUCUUCGCUGGUAAGCAGCUUGAGGACGGCCGUACCCUUGCGGACUACAACAUUCAGAAAGAGUCCACCCUUCACCUUGUCCUCCGUCUCCGUGGUGGUUUCUGAUGGAUUGGCGCUCAACCCACCCCCCCUUUUGGAUUUAAAAUAAAUGUUUAAUGUUAAUGUUCAAGUUUCUCUUUUAAAAAACAAUUAUUAUAUAUGCUAAUGGCCUUGUGAGGCCUUUUAAAUAAAUUUGGUGUAUGUAUUUGUAUUUCUGCUA